AUGGAGCUGCCCGGGCGCCGGCGGGGCCGCUCGUCUGCACCGCCGCCGCUGCUGCUGCGCCUGGCGCUGCUCGUCCUGCUGGGAGGAGGCGGCCCCGGCGGCGGCGGCGGUGGCGGCGGCGGUGGCGGGGCCGCGGCGCUGCCCCCGGGCUGCAAGCACGACGGGCGGCCUCGAGGGGCCGGCAGGGCGGCGGGUGCCGCCGAGGGCAAGGUGGUGUGCAGCAGCCUGGAGCUCGCGCAGGUCCUGCCCCCGGACACGCUGCCCAACCGCACGGUCACCUUGAUUCUGAGUAACAAUAAAAUAUCCGAGUUGAAGAAUGGCUCAUUUUCUGGGUUAAGUCUCCUAGAAAGAUUGGACCUCCGAAACAAUCUUAUCAGUAGCAUAGACCCGGGUGCCUUCUGGGGACUGUCUUCCCUGAAACGGCUGGACCUGACAAACAACCGCAUUGGCUGUCUGAACGCAGACAUAUUCCGAGGACUCACCAAUCUGGUCAGGCUAAACCUUUCAGGAAAUUUGUUUUCUUCGUUAUCUCAAGGAACUUUCGAUUAUCUUGGCUCAUUGCGGUCUCUAGAGUUUCAGACUGAGUAUCUUUUGUGUGAUUGUAACAUACUGUGGAUGCACCGCUGGGUAAAGGAGAGGAACAUCACUGUGCGGGACACCAGGUGUGUUUAUCCUAAGGCCCUGCAGGCCCAGCCAGUCACAGGUGUGAGACAGGAGCUGUUGACAUGCGAUCCUCCCCUGGAGCUGCCCUCUUUCUAUAUGAGUCCGUCGCAUCGGCAGGUCGUGUUUGAAGGAGACAGCCUUCCCUUCCAGUGCAUGGCUUCCUACAUUGACCAGGACAUGCAGGUGCUGUGGUACCAGGAUGGGCGGAUAGUGGAAACGGAUGAAUCUCAAGGCAUCUUUGUUGAGAAGAACAUGAUCCACAACUGCUCCUUGAUUGCAAGUGCCCUAACCAUUUCUAAUAUUCAGGCUGGAUCUACUGGAAAUUGGGGCUGUCAUGUCCAGACCAAGCGUGGCAACAAUACAAGAACUGUGGAUAUCGUGGUAUUGGAAAGCUCUGCACAGUACUGUCCUCCGGAGAGGGUGGUCAACAAUAAAGGCGACUUCAGGUGGCCUCGAACACUCGCGGGCAUCACCGCGUAUCUGCAGUGCACUCGGAACACCCAUGGCAGUGGGAUCUACCCUGGAAGCCCACAGGAUGAGAGAAAGGCCUGGCGCAGAUGCGAUCGGGGUGGCUUUUGGGCAGAGGAUGACUAUUCUCGCUGCCAGUAUGCAAAUGAUGUUACAAGAGUUCUUUAUAUGUUUAACCAGAUGCCCCUUAAUCUCUCAAAUGCCGUGGCGACGGCUCGCCAGCUGCUUGCGUACACCGUGGAGGCAGCCAACUUCUCCGACAAGAUGGAUGUGAUAUUCGUGGCUGAAAUGAUCGAAAAAUUUGGACGAUUUACCAAAGAGGAAAAAUCAAAAGAGCUAGGUGACGUGAUGGUUGACAUCGCAAGCAACAUCAUGUUGGCUGAUGAGCGUGUCCUGUGGCUGGCACAGAGGGAAGCUAAAGCCUGCAGCAGAAUUGUUCAGUGUCUGCAGCGCAUCGCCACAUACCGGCUGGCCAAUGGGGCUCAUGUUUAUUCAACAUACUCACCCAAUAUUGCUCUGGAAGCCUAUGUCAUCAAGGCUGCUGGCUUCACGGGGGUGACCUGCACCGUGUUCCAGAAAGUGGCCUCCUCGGACCGCACAGGACUGUCGGAUUAUGGCAGGCGAGAUCCCGAUGGAAACCUGGACAAGCAGCUGAGCUUUAAGUGCAAUGUGUCAAAUACAUUUUCCAGCCUCGCCCUGAAGAACACCGUGGUGGAAGCCUCUAUCCAGCUCCCUGCUUCGCUUUUCUCACCAAAACAGAAAAGGGAAGUCCGACCGAUGGAUGACUCGCUCUAUAAGCUGCAGCUCAUCGCGUUCCGCAACGGGAAGCUUUUUCCUGCCACUGGGAAUUCGACAAAUCUGGCUGAUGAUGGGAAACGGCGUUCAGUGGUUACCCCUGUGAUCCUCACCAAAAUAGAUGGUGUGAAUGUAGAUACCCACCACAUCCCUGUUAAUGUGACCCUGCGUCGAAUUGCGCACGGAGCAGAUGCUGUUGCCGCCCAGUGGGAUUUUGAUUUGCUGAAUGGGCAAGGAGGCUGGAAGUCAGACGGGUGUCAUAUCCUGUACUCGGAUGAGAACAUCACCAGCAUUCAGUGCUACUCCCUUAGCAACUACGCGGUUCUCAUGGAUUUGACAGGCUCUGAACUUUAUACCCAAGUGGCCAGCCUCCUGCAUCCUGUGGUUUACACGACUGCUGUCAUUCUCCUCUUAUGUCUUCUGGUGGUCAUCGUCAGCUACAUAUACCAUCACAGUUUGAUCAGGAUCAGCCUCAAGAGCUGGCACAUGCUCGUGAACUUGUGCUUUCAUGUCUUCCUGACCUGUGUAGUCUUUGUGGGAGGAAUAACUCAAACCAGAAAUGCCAGCGUCUGCCAAGCAGUUGGGAUAGUUCUUCACUAUUCCACCCUGGCCACAGUGCUUUGGGUCGGGGUGACAGCUCGAAAUAUCUAUAAGCAAGUUACUAGAAAAGCAAAGAGAUGCCAGGACCCUGAUGAACCACCGCCUCCACCAAGGCCAAUGCUCAGGUUUUACCUGAUUGGUGGUGGCAUCCCCAUCAUAGUUUGUGGCAUAACAGCAGCAGCUAACAUCAAGAAUUAUGGCAGUCGACCAAAUGCGCCCUACUGCUGGAUGGCGUGGGAGCCUUCCUUGGGAGCCUUCUAUGGACCGGCCAGCUUCAUCACCUUCGUAAACUGUAUGUACUUUCUGAGCAUAUUUAUUCAGUUGAAGAGGCAUCCUGAGCGCAAAUACGAGCUUAAGGAGCCCGCCGAGGAGCAGCAGAGACUGGCGGCCAAUGAGAAUGGUGAAGUAAAUCAUCAGGACGCUAUGUCGCUGUCUCUGAUCUCUACCUCGGCGCUAGAGAAUGAGCAUAGCUUCCAUUCUCAGCUUCUGGGGGUCAGCCUCACUCUGCUCUUGUACGUCGCUUUGUGGAUGUUCGGGGCCUUGGCCGUGUCUCUGUAUUACCCUUUGGAUUUGGUUUUCAGCUUCUUCUUUGGAGCCACCUGUUUAAGCUUCAGUGCGUUCAUUAUGGUUCACCAUUGUGUGAACAGGGAGGACGUGAGACUCGCGUGGGUCAUGACGUGCUGCCCAGGACGCAGCUCCUACUCGGUACAAGUCAAUGUGCAGCCCCCCAGCACCAGUGGGCCCCACGGAGAGGUACCGAAAUGCAUCAACAGCAGUGCAGAGUCUUCGUGCACGAACAAAAGUGCAUCGAGCUUCAAAAAUUCCUCCCAGGGCUGCAAAUUAACCAACCUGCAGGCUGCUGCAGCGCAGUGCCAUACCAAUCCUUUGCCUUUGAACUCCACGCCUCAACUUGAUAAUAGUCUCACAGAACAUUCGAUGGACAAUGAUAUUAAAAUGCACGUGGCACCUGUAGAUGUUCAGUUUCGAACAAACGCGCACCCUGGCCGCCACCAUAAGAACCGAAGUAAGGGACACCGGGCCAGCCGCCUUACGGUGCUGCGAGAGUAUGCCUAUGAUGUGCCAACGAGUGUGGAGGGCAGUGUGCAGAACGGCUUGCCUAGAAGUCGCACAGGCAACAGCGAAGGGCAUGCAAGGAGCCGAAGAGCAUAUCUAGCCUACCGAGAGAGACAGUACAACCCACCCCAACCAGACAGCAGUGACGCGGGCAGCACGCUUCCCAAAAGUGGCAGGAAUUUUGAGAAGCCUAUUUCAACGAGUAGCAAAAAAGAUGCAUUGAGGAAACCCACUGGAGUUGAACUAGAAAGUCAACAGAAGUCCUAUGGCCUCAACUUGGCCAUUCAGAAUGGACCAACGAAAAACAGUGGACAGGAUGGGCCCUCCCAUGGAGCUGACAGUUCAGGCAAUGUCAGGACUGGGUUGUGGAAACAUGAGACUACUGUGUGAGUGCUGCUGGCUUCUGGCUCAGACUCUGAUGGUCACAUUCCUGUAAGCUAUGGAGAUUUGAAAGUAAACGGUUUACAGCCACCUUAGGAUUCUAGUCCAUUUUGAAUCUUCUUCCACAUUUUGGAUUUCAUUUGUUUUGUAUCCCCCAACUUGUAGCCUUGUGUUCUUUUUCGGUAGGAAAUUUGCAGAAAACCUUUCAAAGACUUGUUUUAGUUAUCAAAGCACCAGUAGGACGUUUUGAGACUGAAAUGUAAUUGCUGGGAAUCUGUGAUAGCUUCUUAUCAUUUCAGGUUUGUAUUUAAUAAAAUAAAUAG